AUGCGUUCCGGUGGAAAAUUCUUGGUAGCUGCACCACCAGAUGGUCGGGCGCUUUGGUUAAGACAUGAUGGCUCAUCAAUAAAUUUAAUGGCAAGCACAUAUUUUAUUCCGGCUGGAUUGGUAUUGCCAGCAGAUGAUUGCUUCGAAGUUCGAAUCCUACGAGUGGAUAAAGCAACGAAAUGCUUGUAUGUAAGACCGUUAUUCAGCGAUAAUCAAUAUGAUGAGCUCAAUGUAAAUCUUUCUGUUGCGGUAACAAACGACACAAACUACCCUGUGGUAACGCAACCGCUUAGCAUGAGCACUGUAUACAUGGUACGGACAGAGAAAGGAUAUGUACGAGCAGUAUUGCUGAAGAGGGAAAAGACAAUGACUUAUUCGGUGAUUGGAGCUGAUGAUAAUGAUAGCGCGGAGAAGUGCUGUCAGAUCUGUCAGAUGUAUGGCAUUGAUCUUGGUGAAGUGUAUGAUAUAUGCGCAAAUGAUGUAUGCGAAUUAUUACCAUCUUUGCGUAACGUACCACCUCUUUGCCUAUGUAUUAUCUUGGAAUCUUGUAGUAAUACGAGCAAAUGCGAAGAAUUUGAGCUCUUGGAAGAAGGAGCUAUUUGCAUAAUUAGAAUUUGCAAUGAAUUUCCCUCAAAUUAUCCUCAACGAGCAAAAGAAAUGUAUCCACCAGCAAUUAUGUCACAAUUAUACAAGGAGAUUGAGAAUGCAAAGUAUAUUGAAAUCACAUGUAACAUGAAGACAAGUGAAAAGAUCCCAGAAUCUCCUCUAACUUCUGUUACCGAUGGGGUUCGAUUUUCGGAAAGUAUCGAAUCUAAUGUUACACAUGCAUCGAUGGUCACUGAGUCAGUUAAUAACAAGAAGGCUUUCUUGCAAACAUGUACCAUUAAUAUUAACGGUGGUAAUAGUAGUGGUAUGCCUCGUCGUCGGUGCCGAGCAUUAGUGGUGAAAAGUGCAUCAGUACCAGCGAUAACUAGAGAUCCAGCUUUACCAUUUAUGUUUCAAAAGUUCAAUGUUGCAUUACCAGCUCGUCUAACAGCACGAGUAACUGAGCGUACCGACUACGACACCUACUUGAUGAGAAAUCCCGAAGUAAUCGAUGAUCUGACAAAACGUAUGGUAACGGCGAAAACACCUCUAAUAUCUCGAUUGUGCUUAGAUCGUGGUAUUUGUUGUAUAGCUCGGUUGAUCCGUCCAGCACGGUCAAGCAGCUCAUCAUUUGAGCCGCAGAUAUACAGAGCAAUAGCGAGCCAUUACCGGCCAGAUGACAACACCUGUGAAGUGUUACUUGUUGAUUUCGGACAGACGAUUGUAUGCAGUGUUUCAAACUUAUUUGAACUCAAGGAUCAGCCUGUUGAAGUUCUUGAGAAGCCGACAGCAUCCUUCCGAUGUCGAGUGAAGAGGUUUUCACCAUCCAAAAAGAAUGGUAAUAAAGGAGUAAGGUUACUUGAUGAAAAUGAUUACAAUGUUUGUUUGACAUUAAAAUGUGCCCGUGAUUUGUAUUGGGCAAAAGUGACCUUAUCAGAUACGGAUUUUGUACUUUAUUACAAGAAGCCACGUGUACGCAAGGAGGUGGAUGAGAAAAAAAACGUGAAGGAAGAGACCAAUAUCGAUACAGCAUCACAAGUUUUCACUGAAAUUUUUUCUGAUAUCAAAAAUACACCACGGUCGAAUAUCGUGAAAAAGCUUGAACAAAGGAAAGCGGAAUUACGUGAGGAAGAAGAACGGUUACAUGAGCAGGAAGAAUUGCUGAGAAAGGAGGAAGAAAAUUUUACAAACGAAAGGAACAAGCGGGAACAAGAGUUACAACUGAUAGCACUACAAAUGCAACUGUGGGAUAUAUCAACAAAAUUGGACAUGGUUGCUUCCAAUAACUCAAAUUUUGUCAAAGCGAAUGCUUCUCCGCAACUGCAAGAAGAUGGUUAUUGUGAUAUUCCUAUGCAUACUACAAAUAGUCACGGUCAACCCGGAAACGGCUACGGUAACGGCAAUAAUGCAGCCAAUAUGCCACAACAGCAACAAAACAUCGCCGUAAACCAAUCAUGGGGGCAGCAGUGGCCAUCUUAUCCUCCGGCUCCACAGACAUCGAGCGUUGUAACAUCAAUAAAUCAAUGCAAUCAACCGUAUCCGUAUCAGCAAAUAAAUGGCAUGCACUCAUCGAUGCCCUAUAUGCAAGAUGCACCGGUAUCAUUUCCGAAUGCAACGAACGAUUAUCAUUAUGGGAUUCCGAAAUGUAACCGGAAUAUAAACAACCAUGUUUCUCCUCAAAAAUCACAUUUUCCCUCAAGAAAAUGGCGAAUGGCAUCACCCAAAACAACGCGAACAUUGUUACUCAAUGACACUUCUUCGGAAAGUGACAAUGGACAUUCAUCAAGGCGACCAUCAUCGCAUAAUAACAAACUUCAGUCGUUGUUUCGUCCCAAUUCAAAAAUUAAAAAACGUUCAACGCAGUCAAAGGCUGCUCUUUCGACAUCAAAAACAAAUUCCAUAAUUUCAAAUUCAAGUACAGAUUGCAAAUUUUCCGUAUCCGCAGAUUCUUUUUGGGAUAGCUGCCAUCGUAAAUUGGAGUAUGGUGAACCGCCACAUCGAACAAUCAGUGAUUAUUGUAACAUUGCUAAAAAACAAUCACUUGAUAUCAACGAUAAUUUUCCGAAACGUUCACUGAGUGCAAUUUCACAAUACACAAAAAAUUUGUCGAACUUUCCAAAUCAACCAUUUACGCAGCUAAAACUGGAACAAACACGGAAAACAUUUGGAAAUAUGAUGGCAUCCGAUUCAUCGCAUACAAGUUCGAUAAAAAAACCGAUUUAUACAUCCGACGAGUCAGCCGAUUAUAGUCAAUUAUGCAUUAGUACGAGCAACUAUGAAGAGCAGGACAUGCUUGUACUAUCAGAAUCGCAAAUCUCCAUGCAUCAUCAAGACGAUGAACCGCAAUCAUUCCCAACUUAUCAGUUAUAUCAUAAGCUUGUCAGUAUCGUUGAUGGAAGCGAACUGAUGGUACGAAGAAUUGGUAGUGAUGCUGAUUGGCCAAUAUUUUUUGUAACCCCGGCUACAGUAUCACAAGAUAUGUCUGCCGCAUGUUUUGAUUCGCUGUGUCCGACACAGAAACUGAAUGCCAAUGAAAUUGCAAUUGGUGCACUUUGUAUGGUACAAUGCAAUGAUUUUGAAAAAACGAAAGUUAGAGCAGUUAUUGAACGUUUCGGUGAAAACGUUGUACAUGUACGACACAUUGACGAUGGGCAUGUAGGAAUUAUCGGGCAAAAUGAUUUGUGGUCUAUAGAAAAUUUGCCUUCAAAUGUUCGUAUCCAACCUGCUCUAUCAGUACCAUGUAUUUUGGCUUCUUUGAAUGAAGCGCAAUUGGUUAAAACGAUUAAUUGCCAUAUGAAUGGAAUACCUUGUGUUGGACAACUGAUGCGUGUUCAAUUCAAGGAACAACGUAAGGAUGGUAUUUGGAUUGUUGAAUUAAUAAAUGGAAUGAAUAAUGAUGAGAGAGUUGAGUGA